CCAUUUGGUCUUCCCUUGGGGUUGUGGUAUCUGCUUGGAGUCCCCAGGACUUCAAACCACACUCCUGUGGUGGGCUUUUAGUUGAAAACUUCCUAAGACUCAAUAAAUUUACCUAGAAUCACCUGAUAAAUGAAGUCUUUCUUGUUUUCAUCUGUGGUUCGCCUCCAGAGCUCCCAGAGCACACCUCUACAGGAAGGGAUUGUUGCCAAAACAUCUCUGACUUCACCCCCAUGGCCUGAAGUGAAAUUGCCAAAUCCAGUGGAAGAAGCAAAGCACCAUGCAGAAGUGGUGCAAAAGGUGAAUGAGCUGAUUGCAACAGGGCAGUACGGGAGGCUCUUUGCUGUGGUUCACUUUGCCAGCAAACAGUACAAAAUAACCAGUGAAGACUUAAUUAUGAUGGACAAUGUGCUACAGGCUGAAUGUGGAGACCGAAUCCGGAUGGAAAAGGUUUUGCUGGUUGGUGCUGAUGAUUUCACGCUUAUUGGAAGACCACUCCUGGGGAGGGAUCUUGUCCGUGUGGAGGCUACUGUGAUUGAAAAGACGGUGUCGUGGCAAAAAAUCAACAUGCGCUUUCGGAAGAAGCGCAAUUACCAAAGGAAAAAAAUUAUCACGAAUCCACAGACUGUCCUCCGGAUAAACACCAUAGAAAUUUUCCCCUGUUUGUCGUGAUUGAUGGGAUGUCGUGCAGCUUAGGCUUAUUAUUGCUUUAAGCAAUUACGGAAAUAAAACUGCCUAGGCGUCAUAAA